CGGGACAAUUAUAGAUGGCAUAUUAACCGAUGAUACUACAGACGCUUCCCAAGACCCGUGUAAAGGACCUGAAGUACCUAAAUAAGGUAGGAAAAAGAGAAGUUACUGUACAUGAAGUGGUAGUAAAACUGGUCCGGAUAAUACGUUUAUAAAAAUGGCAGAUUUUUCGAAGACGACCGAGGAUGAAGCCAGUCCUUCGAACGAACCUGAGGAAUCAGUCAAGGCGUCGAACGAGACGGAACUUGCCAGUCUGCAACAGACUCAGGGGAAGAGAGACUACGAGAAUGAGAUCACCGUCCUGAAAUUAAAGCACGAUAAAAAACUUGCGAGACUUAGCCAAGAUCAUAAACGCAAAUUCGAAAAACUUGAUUCAGAAUAUAUGUCUAAGACCGAAAAACUCGAAAAAGAGCUUGAGAAAGAGAGGAGUGAAUACCGACAAUUUAGCAACAAGACUUUCGGGGAUUUGAUGAAAUUCGAUAAAGAUUGGAGCGAUAAAGAAAAGAAGCAAUCAGAAAGCAAUGAUACAAACGUGGAUGAAAUUAAGAAGUUACGUUUUAAGAUAGAAGAGAGAAAGGCAUCGUCGUUCGAGAGAAUCGAAAAUUCGGAGAAACGUUUGGAAGCUAAGUUAACUGAUGCUCUCGAUGGUGACUGCAGACAAAUAAAUGAAUUAACUUCAGCUAAGGACAAACUUAAGAAAGAACUGCAAGAUGCACGAUAUGAAAUUCAAAUUCUUCAAAGCAAGUUAGAAGAAGCGAAAAACCAUAUUGAGGAGAAAAAGAUCGAAAUGAAGGGAAAGAACGAUGACUAUGUGAAAUUACUCGUGGAUCGUCACGAGGAGGUUGUGAGCAACCUUAAGAUAGAAAUGGUACACCUCAAGUCCGCUUAUCAGGACGAAUGUUCAGCUUUAAAAACAGCCUACGAGACCGAAAAGCAACAAUACAUCGCUGAAUACGACAAAUUCAAGAGUGAUUUCAAAGAGUCAAGGCAGAGACAGCAGGAUGACAGCCUGAAGGAAUCGAAUGAAGAAAUUGGGAAACUGAAGGAGGAAAUACGAAUUAUGGAGCAACGGCACCAGCAGGAGUUGAGUGGGCUGGAGGGGCAAAGGGUUUCAGAUGGUAAGAAAAUAGUAGAAUUGGAAGAAGGCCAACACCAACUGCAAUGUAAGCUUGAUGAUAAAAUUCAGGAGAAUUCUACUUCCAUCACUAAAUUGAUAGAGAAACACGUAAAAUCAGAGAACGAACUCAGAAAAGAGAAAAGGGAACUUGAAAAUAAAAUCAAUGUUUUGGAGAGGGAACUUGACAAAAUGAGAAGCUUACAAGGUUACAGUGAAUUAGAUGACCAAGUUGAAUGAGUUGAAUCGCAUUCUUUGGUGUAUUAGAAUCCAUAGAAACUGAGCUCUCCUAUGCCCUCUCAGUGACGAGUGUGUUUUAGACACCAUGGCCGAGUUCCGGCGCGAGUAGACUCUUUCACCAGUCUCCUCCAUUCACUCAUUACAGAGACUGGUUCAUGUACUUGACGGCAGUUCACUCGUCAUGAACUCGAUUUGCGGGCGUAGGCUUCCAGUGCAUUCACUGUAUGCACUGAAACUGUAUGGCUCGCCUCGGGUAAAUCAACAAGGCUUCCUCGACCCUCCGCUGCGUGGAGGAUAGGGUCGAGGUUACAUAGACUA